AUGAAGGUACCAUUGGGGUUAUGGAAUGCCUCUAGGGCCAACAUAUGGAGUACGCAGAGAAGGGUUUUGUCAAUGUCUAAAAGAUUGAGCAGUAAUGCAAAUGGUGGAGCUUCAACUGCUUCUACCACCAAAGAGGGACCAGCUUUUUCAGCAGAUCUUUUUAUGCAUCCCGAAAAAUGGAAAGGAUUGCCACCUCAAAAAAUUUUGGAGUUAUAUUGGGAAAGGAUGGCCAGAUUGGGUUCAGAAUAUAAGCCAAAUAAAGACGAACUGAAUGCUUUGCUGACCACGUCUGAGUAUUCUGAAGUACCAGCAAAUGAUAUAAAGAAGCUAUAUUAUAGAGGAGAGCAAGGUGCUAUCGAUAUAAAAGGUGGAAGCGUAAAUCGCGAUAACAGCCUCAGACCAUUUAUGUUUGACGAAUUACCAUCCCAAGCUCAAGAAUUGGUCGCUCAGCACCGUGAACAAAGAUUCUAUAAUCGAUUAGCUGCGUAUGAAUUGCCACUAUUGGCGCAAUAUCGCCAGGAAUACAAGAGACCAUCUGCUAAAACUCAUCCGGUCACUUAUAGAUACACCAGUUAUAUUGGUGAGGACCAUCCAAAUUCGAGGAAGGUCGUUUUAAGUGUUAAAACCGAUGAAUUGGGCCUCGAGGAGAGAUCUUUACAUAAGUUCAGAGUACUGGCCAGAUCACGUUACGAUCAUAUUACGGAUAUUUUUAAAAUGUCUAGUGACAAAUUUGAGCAGGCAUCACAAAAUGCACGUUAUUUGCAUGAUAUCUUACAGAAAUUGUUAGCAGAAUCGAAAGAUUUGACAAAAGAUGAUUUUAGUGACGUGCCCCUUGACACAAGACAUACUAUUGCUAAAAACUUACGGAAGAAAAAGCGUGAUUACAAGUUCCCCGAACAUUGGAAACGCCCUGAAGAUGCCCCAAAGAAGAAGUUUAACAUUGUGGAUCAAUUAUUGGACAGCGUUGAAUAA